CGGGUUUUAACGACUGCAUGAAUAUCACCGGAAACGCACUUCGGUUGGUUUGCCGCCAAAUUAUCCUGCGCGUGUUGCGAUGAAGUUGUUUAUCCAUCGGUUCGCAGGUUUGCUCGCGGUCAAUGUCGAUAACAGCGUAAAUUGUCACGGUUCAUGUUUGCGUAUCGCAUGUUAAAAGUGCUCAGAAUUGUUGCCGUGUGUCUGUCGAAAACGUAUUAGUCGCCCAAAAGUCCUUUGUAUUCGUUCGAUAAUAUAUCAUGGCCAAAGUUCAGUUGGUGAACGUCGCCGUUCUCGACAAUCCCUCGCCGUUUUUGAACCCGUUCCAAUUCGAAGUUACAUUCGAAUGCAUCGAGGAGCUGAAAGAAGAUUUGGAAUGGAAGAUGAUAUAUGUUGGCAGUGCAGAAUCAGAAGAAUUCGAUCAAGUUCUAGAUACCAUUUAUGUUGGUCCAAUACCAGAAGGAAGACAUAUGUUUGUAUUUCAGGCUGAUCCACCUGACGUCAGUAGGAUUCCAGUUAACGACGCUCUUGGCGUAACAGUGGUGUUGCUGACUUGUUCCUACAGGGGUCAUGAAUUUGUACGUGUGGGUUACUUUAUAAAUAAUGAGUAUACAGAUCCAGAACUUCGAGAGAAUCCACCUCCACAGCCGCAAUUUGAAAAAGUUCAGAGGAAUAUACUAGGGGAUAAACCACGUGUCACUAGAUUUAAAAUCAAUUGGGAUGACUGUCCAACUGGAACAACAAACAAUCUUCCCGACGGUAUGGAAGCACCAUCGUUGGAAGAUACUUCACAAGAUGCACCUACAUCCACCUUAGGCUUUACAGAGAAUACACAAAAUAGUGGAAUGGAAGUUAUGUAAAACAAUUUGCAGCUAACGACAUAUGACCUAGGGGAGCCUGUGCUAUACAGUAAUUUAAAUGAUAAAGUAGUACCUGGGAAGAAGAUGGGAGCGUAUACUUCGUAAAUAUAUUUCGAUAAUCUGAGAAACAGAAUCGCGCAAAAGCACACUAUCUUCCAUAUAAUUAUCAAUAUUCUCCUUCAAAAAGAAGUUUAUACAUCUUAAAAACAAAAAAAAAAAAAAA